AAGAAAUCUGUACAUGCUUUUCAGUUAACAGACAGAAUACAGAUCUGAAGGAGGUUUGAGCAGGACCAAGCGCACAAAAUGCCCAGAAGAAAUCACUAUCCAGAUGGCAACUUCGUUAGAGGGAAUGGACACAGCUAUCUUGCAGUGGAAGAAGCUCUGGGUAUUGGACUCUUCAUUUUGGUGCUGGCAGUUUUGCUUAUCUUUGGCUGCUGGUACUACAAAAGACGUAGUGGCUAUAGAAGUCUACGGAGCAAAAGCUCUAAUGUGGACACCAUACGAACCAUGGUAGGUGAGGGAACAGUGCUGGACUGCAAAAUGGCUCUGCAGGAGUACAGAAACUUUAAUUCUGUGGUACCCGAUGCUCCACCAGCUUAUGACAAAAUAGCUGCAGAUCAGUCGCCACCACCUUAUUCACCAUGAUAACAUGAAAUCCUAAGCUCCAAAUGCACU